CUGCUGAGUUCUUCUUUUGUUUCAGUAAAAAGAGCCGGAGUGAACGCAGUGCAGUGCAGUCCAGGGAGGAGGGUUUAUUAUUCAGUCAGAGAGUGUUGGAGGUGGACAGAAAGUGGAAUUUCUGGCAGAACAUGGUGGGGAACAAUGUCUGGGUGCUCACGGGGCUCAGUGAGUGACAAGUAGGCAGACAGGGUCAGAGGCACAAGGGAAGUUUGAACAUGGUCGCUCUGUGUAGCAGGUAAUGUCGAGAGUGUGGCAGCAGUGGCUGUCAUGCCGCAGUUCUAAAGCACAGAAGGUGUAAAGGUUAGCUUAGAGGUAAUUUCAAACAACUGCAGAGCUGCACGUCCAGCAGAGAAGGUCAAAAAGGUCAACCUGGAGAGUAGGUGGAUGGUAGGCUCAUAGCCAUAGAUCAGCCACAGGAAUUUGACCAGGUUGCAUAGCAAGUCCAGUUUUGUCUUUGACUGCUUAAUGUCAAAGUCAAGGUUCUAGUGAUCUGAGCACUCAUUGGCUGAAGGUGGAAUACACUUUUGGAUGUGGAUGAAGAUUCUCAGUCAUCCAGGUCAAGGUUAAAUAGUUCUCUUAGGCAACUGGACGUGAACUGAAGAAGCCUUUUGGAUGAGAGGUGAAACGUCCUCUUUGAGAACAUUUCAUGUCCAGCUGUCUAACGGAACCUACACCUUUGGAUCUUUCACCAAUCACAGGGCAACCACAUUUAUACCAACUGAACAUUUGACCUAAUGAUCUGACUGAUCGGGCCCAAAAAAAUAUUAAUUUAUAAUAGUAUUACAUUAAAAAAUUGCUUUCAGACUUUUCUUGUAGUUUUGGUAUGAUUCUGCACAGAACGUAGAAAUAUAUUCAUGUUCUUGAGUGUGUAACACAGAAGACCAUUGUCAUAUCCUUCCAUGGGGCCCAAGGUUCCUGGCAGGGUCCCAUCUGUGGGCUAACACAGAACAGGUUGUUUUUUUUUUUUUUUAAACAAUGUUAAUAUCAUCAUUUACAAUUUUUAAUAUUUUGGUGUUAAAAUAUAAAAUGGGCUUUUUCUACUGAUAAGACUGUACAUGUAGUCCUGGGCUCCACUUUAAUACUUCACAGAGCAGUUUUCAGAUUGAUCUGAUGGCAGAGAUGCAAGUGCGUUCACCAUUUUAAGCAAAUGUGUUCAACAUCAUUUUCACCUGGACUGGUUGGACAGUAAGGACUAUCUGAGUUCUCUAUGAGCUUGUUGCACUGUGGUGUCUUGAGGUGCUGGGAUUUGUCCCUUUUGGACCACAAAUCUGAGAGAGGGAGCAACACUCAGAGAUUUGUGUGGAUAUUGUCAAGUGUCUAGUCUCAGCCACAGCUAAUUUUCUUGACCUGAGUCAUGAUAACCUGUAUAUUCUGCCUAUUGUGUUUUCAAACAUUUGUGUCCUAAUCAUGUCAUUUUAAUCUACCAGGAAUUAUCAAUGGAGUCUGGCAUUGACCCUGGUCAGGACUACUACACUCAGGAUUAUUACAACUACGAUCAAGGCUAUGACCUGCCUCAGUACGGCAGUCGUAGGAAGCUGAUCUCGCCCUCCGGCCUCUACGAUGAAUAUGGAGAAGUGGUUGUGGAUGACGACGGCAGCUACUACUACAGCCCGCAGGAAUCUGAUGCUGAGCAAGGCUGUAGAAAACAUAGGAUCAAGCUAAUGGUGGACCGCGAGUACGAGACCAGCUCCACGGGUGAGGACAGCAUGCCAGAAACCCAGUGCGGUCGCCUGUCCACCGCCCUCAACAGCAACACCAAUGUCAACGGCAGCAUCUACAUGUCCCAGAAUGGCUCCAUCAUCCGCACGAGGCGCUCAGUCAACGCCACGGGGGCCACCCACGCCGCCACCAAUAACAACCUCAAACCGGCCUCCCCCAUCUUCAGCUCUCGGCUGAUCAAGCACUUUAAGAAACUGGACAAAACGGCAGCCCACGUGGAGGAGAGAGUUCCACUGAACAACCCCAGAACAACAGAAGCAGCAGCAGCGAAUCGCAAGUGCCACACACUGCACACCUUUCAGAGCCCCGCGUUGGCUGCGUCUGCUACGGCCACGUCCUCGUUUUCCAACCACAUUAAAACUCUGAAUGUGCUGAACACUCGGCAGUCUAGCGUCUCUCUGGGGUCCACCAGCACCACUAACACAGCAGCUGAGAGCGUGGCCUUCAAGUGUAACGUACUAAAAGCAGCGCAGGGCGACGCCGAGCAGCGGCCUCUGAACGUAGCAGAGAGGAGACGGAGAGCAAGAGUCAAAGGUCGACGGCGUGAAUGA